UCCGGGCGGACUCUUGCGGGGUGUCGCGGCGGGCCCCUUCGCGGCGGGCCGCGGCAGUCGCCUCCUUCACGGGCGGGAGCGAACAGGUCCCGCGCCGCCAUCAUGCACGACGCCUUUGAACCGGUGCCGAUUCUGGAGAAGCUGCCGCUGCAGAUCGACUGCUUGGCUGCGUGGGAGGAAUGGCUCCUCGUUGGAACUAAACAAGGGCACCUUCUUCUUUACAGAAUUCAGAAGGAAGCUGGUUGCAACAGGUUUGAAGUGACACUAGAAAAAUCACACAAGAACUUCUCCAAGAAGAUUCAACAGAUCCAUGUUGUACCCCAGUUCAAAAUCUUGGUCAGUUUGUUAGAAAACAACAUUCAUGUUCAUGACCUGCUGACAUUUCAACAGAUCACAACAGUUUCCAAGGCAAAGGGUGCAACUCUCUUCACCUGUGAUUUGCAACACUCUGAGAAAGGGGAAGAGGUCCUCAGGAUUUGUGUGGCAGUGCGAAAGAAGCUGCAGCUAUAUUACUGGAAGGACAGAGAGUUCCAUGAGUUGCAGGGAGAGUACAGUGUGCCCGAUGUACCCAAAUCAAUGGCAUGGUGUAAAGAUUCAAUCUGUGUGGGUUUCAAGAGGGAUUAUUACCUAAUAAGGGUGGAUGGGAAAGGGUCUAUCAAAGAAUUAUUUCCUACAGGAAAGCAGCUUGAACCAUUGGUGGCCCCUUUAGCAGGUGACAAAGUUGCUGUAGGCCAAGAUGAUCUAACUGUUGUGUUAAAUGAAGACGGGAUCUGUACACAGAAAUGUGCCUUGAACUGGACUGAUAUCCCAAUAGCUAUGGAGCACCAGCCUCCAUACAUUGUGGCAGUACUGCCAAGAUAUGUAGAGAUUCGUACUUUUGAGCCCCGUCUCCUGGUGCAGAGUAUUGAGCUACAGAGGCCACGCUUCAUCACUUCUGGAGGUACAAAUAAUGUGUAUGUGGCCAGCAAUCAUUUUGUUUGGCGUCUCAUUCCGGUUUCCAUUGCAAUCCAGAUCCAGCAGCUUCUGCAAGAUAAACAAUUUGAACUGGCUUUGCAGCUGGCAGAUAUGAAAGAUGACUCUGACAGUGAGAAGCGACAACAGAUCCAUCAUAUUAAGAAUCUCUAUGCCUUCAACCUUUUCUGCCAAAAGCGCUUUGAUGACUCCAUGCACGUCUUUGCCAAGCUUGGGACAGAUCCCACCCAUGUGAUGGGUCUCUAUCCUGAACUGUUGCCUAGUGAUUACAAGAAGCAGCUCCAGUAUCCCAACCCAGUGCCAGUACUCUCUGCUGCAGAGCUGGAGAAAGCACACCUGGCACUAAUAGACUACCUAACUCUGAAAAGAAGUCAUUUAGUAAAGAUGUUGAAUGACUCAGACCAUCAGUCCACCACAUCUCCUCUCGUGGAGGGAACUCCAACCAUCAAAUCCAAAAAGAAGCUGCUGCAAAUCAUUGAUACCACUCUGCUGAAAUGCUACCUCCAUACCAAUGUAGCCCUAGUGGCACCGCUGCUGCGGCUGGAGAACAACCAUUGCCACAUUGAGGAAAGUGAGCAUGUCCUCAAGAAAGCUCAUAAAUACAGCGAGUUGAUUAUACUGUAUGAGAAGAAGGGUCUGCAUGAAAAGGCUUUGCAGGUGCUAGUGGAUCAGUCAAAGAAAGCUAACUCACCACUGAAGGGCCAUGAAAGGACAGUGCAGUAUUUACAACAUUUGGGCACUGAGAACUUGAAUUUAAUAUUUUCCUAUUCUGUUUGGGUGCUUAGAGAUUUUCCUGAAGAUGGACUGAAAAUAUUUACAGAAGAUCUUCCUGAGGUGGAGUCCCUUCCACGAAAAAAAGUUCUCAGUUUCUUGAUAGAGAACUUUAAAAACUUGGCUAUUCCCUACUUGGAACAUAUAAUCCACGUAUGGGAAGAGGCUGGUUCAGAGUUUCACAACUGCCUGAUUCAGCUGUAUUGUGAGAAAGUGCAAGGCUUAAUGAAGGAGUAUCUCAGCUAUUUUCCUCCAGAGAAAGCACCAGUACCAGCUGGAAAGGAGGAAGGGGAACUAGGAGAAUACCGGAACAAACUUCUUUUCUUUCUUGAGACUUCUAGUUGUUAUAAUGCUGAACAGCUCAUCAGUGACUUUCCCUUUGAUGGCCUCCUAGAAGAACGUGCUCUGCUGUUGGGACGGAUGGGGAAUCACGAACAAGCCCUUUUUAUAUAUGUUCAUAUCCUGAAGGAUACUAGAAUGGCGGAAAGUUACUGUCACAAACACUAUGACAGAAGCAGAGAUGGCAACAAAGACGUAUACUUGUCUCUGCUCCGAAUGUAUCUCUCACCACCUAGUGUUCAUUGCUUGGGACCAAUCAAGAUGGAACUACUAGAGCCUCAAGCCAAUCUUCAAGCUGCAUUGCAGGUUUUGGAACUUCAUCACAGCAAACUGGACACUACCAAAGCAAUAAACCUUCUCCCAGCAAAUACUCAAAUUGGUGAAAUCCGAAUAUUUCUUGAAAAAGUCCUUGAAGAAAAUGCCCAGAAGAAGCGAUUCAAUCAAGUCCUUAAAAAUCUUCUUCAUGCUGAGUUCCUGAGAGUACAAGAGGAACGGAUUUUACAUCAGCAAGUGAAAUGUAUAAUCACAGAGGAAAAGCUUUGCAGUGUAUGUAAAAAGAAGAUUGGAAAUAGUGCCUUUGCCCGCUAUCCCAAUGCAAUGGUUGUGCAUUAUUUCUGUUCCAAAGAAGUUGGAGCAGGAGACACCUGAAAACAAUGGUAUGUGAAAUGUAGACUAUGAUAGCCAUGAUGUUCACAUGGAAGUAAAGCAAAGUGCUUUAGAAAAGCAAUUGACAUCUCUAAGGAAUCUUCUGUGGCAUGUUGUGUCAAAGCACUUGAGCUCCAUGUUGCUUUACGGGAUGACUUCACUUGUAGGAAAACAGGCACGUUUUUUUGGACAUACAUGGCAGCAGACUAACCUCACAGCAGCAAGAAGAAAGUGAAAAUUAAAUACUAUCGAGUUGUUGUUUUACUCCAGAUUUUGCAGAAAAUCUCAUUCCAAGGAAGUACAAGUCAUGUUAAAAAUGAUAUUAAAAACUAAUAUUAAAUAUGUGUUGGAUUUUACAUUCCAAUCAUACAUGGGAUAAAAUCUUACUGUUUACUUUGUCUUGUGUUGAGAUCUACUUUAAUCAGCCAUUUCUGACUUUUGGAGGCAGAUACUUCCAGCAACUCUGCACCUAGAUACUCUUUCCUCAUAUUACUGACUAGAAAACUUUAUGUGUUUUUCAUGUAGCAGUUAUCACAACAAAUUUGAAAAAGUUCUGAGGGAAUUAAUUUCAUACAAUAUGAUCAGAACGGGCAACAUGUAUUUUAUACUAUUGCUUUUGAGAGGAAUGUAAAUAUGAAUAGCUAUACUAUUUGCACUGUGUACAGUUUCCAUUACGAGUGGAAUGAAAAGUGACAAUGGUUUUCUGAAGGGAUGGGGAACUAGCACCUGCACUUGUAUUAAAAUUUUAAAAGAAUAGCCUCUUCAACUUUAAGAUUUAAUCCUAUGAAUGUUAAGACAGAAAAAAGUCCAGCUUCCAGUAUGGCCGAGCCAGUCAUGAUCAGGGAUGCUGGGAAUUGUAGAUUAUUUUUUCUGUCUGAACAUGCAUGUGAUUGCACUCUUAAAGUAUCUCACUUAACAUAAUGGUACAUUUUGUAUAUUACUUGAACAUCUGGUCUAAACAUUGGAGGUACCAUUGCAUUCUAAUACAAUUAAGUAUUUAUGCACUGCCCUGCUUUAAAGUAAAACAUACAUUUAUUUACCUGUCAGUGUUCCGAUUUCACCCUGGAAUUCUUCUGUGGCUAUGUGUACCCAGAUCACUUUAAUGCUGGAAAGUACCGAGUUAAAAUGAUACUCCCACAGGCUUUUUUGUCCAACAUAUUGUUCUGCGCCUUAUUUAUUGCAUAUGUAAUAAAGAUAUACUGAAUAUUCUCAUCUGAAAUCUGAAUAACAAGUCAAGCUUUUUACAGAAGGGAACAAUUGAUUCCCUGAAAAACCUUGGAUUCCCUGUAAUGCCAUUGGCUAUUGGCAUUAUGCUAAAGGUCCUUUACACUAUAAUUUUCAGCAGUGCUAAUGCACUAUAGGACUAAUGACUAAAAUUCAGCACUGUCCUCAGACAAAUGUGUUGUGGAUAUUUAGUGUGUAAUUUGAUCUACUGCAAAACAGGCCUUUCGUAAUAUUUGCUUCCCUGGCUACCUUAACCUUAUUUCCAGUGAAGUCUGGUCUUAAAUCAUACAUAGUUCAUUGUUAUGUGCAGUAAAUACCAAUUGUGUCUUACUGCUGAGUUUGGGAUUUGUUCUUGUAAUGAAAUUAAAAUCAUUUUUCAUAUGUUGUAUUUUUCUUAUUUCAAGGAAAGAAUAACAUUGCAAUGAGAUCGUGUUUAUCAUGUAUGCCCAUUUAUUUCUAGAGGGAAAUAUACCCCUUGGAUGAGUAGCUUAACAUAGAAGGUACAAAAAUGUUAAAGCUGAAAACAGUGCUGGCAAGAGGCCAGAUUCUUUCACUAGGUUGGUCUCCUAGUAGGAUCAGCAAAGGUGGAAUGGUCAAACCUGAGACCCGGAUCAAUAAAGAUAUGUGGAAUGCAAAAGCUUAACAAUCUACUUUUCUCCUUUAUGUGCCUUAUUUCAGAUUCAUUAUGCACUUCUGGCAGAGAUCUGGCCUUUGCUGUAAUUGCCUACUGAUAGUCUUGCACAGAUUCUGGGACUUCCUAAAUGUGCAGCAGGUUUAUUUAAAACAAUACAUUAUUAAAAGCUUCUGGGGAAUCAGCUUUUUCUGUGUGUGUGUGUGUGUGUGUGUGUGUGUGUGUGUGUGUGUGUGUUAUUUUCAGAAUAUGUGAGUACUAUCCUACACUCAUUUGCUAUUAAUUUUUUUUUGGUUCACACUAAUGAUGUUGACAAUUCGGUUCCAAAAUAUGAGGCCCUGGCUCUGAAAAACAUUGCUGCUUUUAAAAUGUGAGCCACAGGACAUUGUUUUAUAAACCUGCUGCAGUUUUUGUUUUUUUAUUGUGUAACUUAUUUCUGGAGUUGUUCCUAUUUAGGAUACAUUAACUACAUUUUCAAAUAGAUGUUAUUUUCCCUUCAGAUUCUCUUGAACUGUGAAAAGCUGGAAAACCUGUUCUUUUUACAUUUUUAAAUUUUAACAUGAUUGUCAUUUUAAAACAGCACCAGAUACAAAAAAUAAAGCUUUCUAGUUUAA